AUGAUUUCCCGUUCCCGGCACACGCGGGACCUGAGCGACAUGGACGACCCCGUCAAGCUCACGAGCGCGGCCCCCGGAGCCCCACCGCUGACAAGACCCCCACAGCCCGGACGCCUCGUUCGAGCCUCCCAACCCAGCGAGGCAGUACUACCGCGGCGGCAACAACUUGUAUUCUCGCCGGGGCCGCCACCGCCCUGUUCACCCGAAGCCCGCUCUGGCGGCUCCUUCUUCUGGGGCACCCUCUCGCUCUUCCACUUUCUCGAGUUCUGGACCACGGCCGCCUACAACACCCCCGUCGCCGACGUUAGCUCCUUUCUCCUAACCGCUAAUUGGCCGGCCUACCCCAUCGCGCACACCGCCGCUUCCCUCGAGUGCCUCCUCACCAACUACUUUUGGCCCGACCGUGCCUGGGCGCCCCUUGGCACCGGACCCGCCCUCGUCGCCCUCGGCAUCGUGCUCGUCGUCGGCGGCCAGGCUAUCCGCGCCGGCGCCAUGAUCCAGUGUGGCGAGAGCUUCAACCACAUCGUCCAGCACAGCAAGAAGUCGUCCCACGCCCUCAUCACCACGGGCCUCUACUCCGUCUUCCGCCACCCCGCCCUCGUCAUGUGGAGGUUCUUCUAUGGCAGGAUCGCGAACGAGGAGCUCUUCCUGACCAAGUUCUUUGGCGACGAGUACGUUCAGCAUCAGAAGAACACGGGGAUCUGGAUUCCGUUUGUCGGGUGA